AUGUCUACCUUUUUUGACUCAAGUCUGAGUUGUAAUAUAAGUCUUUUUUUUCUUUCUCUCUUUUUUUCUUCUCUCUCUUCUUCUUCUCUCUUCUAUCUCUUUCUCUCUCUUUCUCUCUUUUUUCUUUCUCUUCUUUCUCUUUCUCUUUCUUUCUCUUUCUCUCUCUUUUCUUUCUCUCUCUCUCUUCUUUCUAUUUUCUCUCUUUCUCUCUGUUUUCUCUUUCUCUCUUUUCUCUUUCUCUUUUCUUUAGAACUUUUUUCUUUUAUUUACUGUUCCUGCCAUUUUCCAAUGUUUCUCUUCAAAAAAUUAUUUUUCUUGGGGGAUUCUUCUUCUUUUCUCUUCUUUUUCUUCUGUUCUUCUUUUUUCUUCUUCUUUUUCUUUCUUUUUUUUUUUAUUUUUUUUUUUUUUUUUUCUUCUCUUCUUUUUUCUUUUUUCUUCUUUUUUUUUCUUUUUUUUUCUCUUUUUUUUUUCUUUUCUUUUCUCUUCUUUUCUUCUUUUUUCUUUUUUUUUUUUUUUUUUUUUCUUUUCUUUUUUUCUUUUCUUCUCUAUUUUUUUUUUUCUUUCUCUUUUCAUUCCUUUUUUUUUCUUCUCUUUUUCUUUUUUCUUUUUUCUUUUCUUUUUUUUCGUUUAUUUUUUCUUCUCUUUUUUUUCUUUUCUUCUUUUUCUUUUUUCUUCUUUUCUUCUUUUUCUUUUCCUUCUUUUUUUUUUCUUUUUCUUCUUUUUUCUUUUUCUUCUUUCUUUCUUUUCUUUCUUUUUUCUUUUUUCUUUUUCCUUCUUUUAAAAGAUUUUAGGGAUCUUUCUUUUCUUUUCUUCUUUUCCUUGGAGAAAUUUUUUUUUUUUUCUUUUCCUUUUUCUGUCUUUAUUUUUUCUUUCUUUUCUUUUUUCUUUUUUUUCCUAUCUUAUUUCUUCAUGAAUUUUUUUCUUUUCCUUUUGUCUAUUUUUUGUUUCUUUUUCUUUUUUUUCAUCAUUUUUCAUAUUGGAGACUUUUUUUUCUUUCUCUCUCUCCACGCAUUCACAUGCUCCAGUGUUGUUUAG